UAUAAAUUAACCCCGAAGUCAAUCCUAUAUCAUAUAGCACAAGACGUCUUCUUAAAGGGAGCUCUUCAAUUCUAUAACUUAAACAUAAAGUCCUGUCGGAAUCAAGGAUGAAAUCGUUGCUACACUUGGUGUUGGUGAUAGGGUUGGCCAGCGUUCCACACGAUCUCCAACAGUUUACCACACGAUCUUUGGGGUCAGAGGAUCACUCCCUUUCUCGAAACCAUGGUAAUAGUAUUGGUGGUAAUUCAAUGAGUGUGCUAGUGGCUGGAGUAUCGGCUGUACCUAAGAGAUCUCAACGAUCUAAAUUGAUCUUCCAAAUAUCGAUCGAUACCAGAGACCCCAAGAAAAAGAGCGGGRAAAAAAGAAAAGGAAAGAAAUCAGUACGUGCUAAACGCAGGAAAAUACUCAUCAACCGCAGAAGAUCCAAAAGUAAUCAUCAAAAACAAAUAGACAGACGUCGCAGUCACAGACAUCAUUACCAUACUUUAAGAAAACAGUACAUCAAAAAACUAAAAGGAACCUUGAAACACGGAAACCAUUACCACAAACCACGGCUAAACAAAGGUUUUUUUAAAACAUGUUGUCGAAGACUGGUUGGAAGGAAGGAUGUUACGUUGAACAAGAGGAGAUAUGGUCGCAAAAGACCGUCACGUAGGCAGCCAUYAAGAAGACACAGUCCUUUCAUGAGAAACUCCAGGCGGAAUCAACAGCAUAGACGUCAAAAUCAUCGACGCAGAAAAACACCCAUCCGUAGAAACAACCAGCAUAAACGACCUGCAUUGUCACGCCGUAACCAAUGGCGACGACCAACGAAAGUACCUUGCAAGCAUUCAUCUGGGAGGAAGGGAUAUCAAAAGAAAGGACAUCAAGCUAGAAAGAUACCACGUCGCAGAAAAACUAGAAAGUCGAAGGCUGUCGAGGUUUGGGCCGUAUGAGAAGAAGAAUGAUACUGACCGCCGUCAGUAAAAGUUGAACACUGUACAGAUUCUUGAAAUAUAUAUUUAGAUAAUACGUAUAACUUUCGCUCCUUCAAGGUCAGUGUCGGGCUAGGUCAAGAAAAAGUUGGAGGAGGGAGAGCAAGACAGCCCAUUCGUACGUAGUCAAAUGCAGUCUCAUUUGUCUCGUCUUAAUACAACUUCCAAAGAAUGUUGUAGAAAUAAGAUGGCAUUAUAUAUCGCAAAGUGAGUAGGAUUGAAAACAAAUAUAGAAUGCUUGUAUUGCAUGAGUGAUGAGUGCGGUACUGAUUAGCAGCACCUACAUGGUAAUGGCUUGCCGUCGCUUUCACGCUUCAGUUCAUCCAAUCACCAUGCGUAGCUACACGGCUACGGUAAUAUACGAUAACAUGUUGAAAACAUAACGAAUAUUUUUUUAUCAUUAAAAAAAAAAAGUAUUAAUUUUGUCUAAAUUGUCAGAAGAAAUCAUGGGAGUAGGGGGGGGGGGUGCU